ACGUAUUUGCGAAUCAAAGCAAACCGACAGAAUAGGCUAGCAGCUAAAGCUAGAACAAACAAAAGGAAGAGAAACCAGGAAGAAACAUCUUGCCCUGUUUGCAAUGAAAAGGUGAUCGGGACACCAGAGGAGCUGAAUGAACAUGUGGAAAAAUGUCUCAAAAAACGAGACAGCGGAGAAGAGGAGGUGGUUGAUAUUGAAGGGGAUCAGUUUGAGGAAUAUGAAUGGGCUGGACAGAAAAGAAUUAGAGCCAGCUCUCUGUUACAGGGAGGGAUGGCUGGUUCCGGCUUCCAAACAUCCAAGAGAUCCGAGUCUGAUGAAGAUAUCAAUUUGGAUGUAGAUGGAGAUGAUUCUGAACAAUAUGGCGGUGUCCAGUACACAGAAGCUGAUAUCAUUCCAUGCAGUGCUGAUGACUCAGGGGAAGAUCAGGAAAGAGAGGCCCUCAGGGGAGCAGUCUUAAGAGGGGAAGGAACACAACCCAAGGCUAUUUCUGCAGACAGAAGUAAAUGGUCCUCUGAUUCUGCAGAACCUGGUACAUCAGAAAGUCCAGACAACUCGGACGAGACUGUGUCCAGUUCUGAAACUGUCCAGGUUCAAGAUCCCAAGGCUAAGGAGGUCAUUCAGGCUCUUAAAGCCAAAGUGAAGGAUCAAGAAGAUCAUACCAAGAAAGGGGACAAAUUUAAAUGCUUAAUAUGCAUGGAGCCUUAUGCAUCCCCUUUAACCUCCAUUCAGUGUUGGCAUGUCCACUGUGAAGAGUGCUGGUUGAGAACUUUGGGAGCCAAGAAGUUGUGCCCACAGUGUAACAUGAUCACCUCUGCUGCAGACCUCAGGAAAAUCUACCUGUAAGAGGUGUCUGGAAGUACAACAACAAACCCCAACAGACUAAGAACUGCAUUAUAUUCAGCAUCUUCCUAAUAUUGUCUGGGCAUGCCUUUGUCACUAAGGCACUGGUAGUUGAUUAAAUGUCUCCAGGACACCACGAAGAUAAACGGGAGAGCUAUUUGUACAUAAUAGCAGACAAUAUUACUUGACUGCUGCUUCUACUGUCUAUGAAUAAAUUGUUUUCGUGUAACUGCAGAAUUUAUGGUCAUCAUAAAGGCAUGCUCAGGAGAGGCAAACAUGCCAUGUUGUUCCUGUUUGUGACCAUGUGAUCUCUGGUCUAACAGCACAAGAAUUCUAGAGAGAAUUUUUAAAGCUCAGGCUUGAUGUAUUUUCUUUAUUGCAAAUGUGAUUAUUAAGUAGAGACUGCUUCCCCUUACCUAACAUUUUCAAUAUAGAGUUGAUGUUUUUUUACUUUUAAGAUUAAAAUGGAUAGUUACAACUAUUGUGGUGCCCUUGCUGCUUCCAUUUGAAGUAGUUGCAUUGUUAAAUGUAACAAUACUGAUAAGCCUUGAAAUACUUAUUCUGUUAUGUUAGUAAUGCUAAUUUAUGAGCAGGGUUCUUCCAUUUGUUAUGCACAGCAGAUUGUAUAUAGGAAAUUGCACUGAAUUUUGUAAACCAACUUAUUUUAAAUAAAUGUUGAUUGACCCUUCAGCAAUCUAAUAGACA